AAUUUGUUCACCUCGAGUUGCUGAUACAUGUAUCUAGCUAGCAGAGCACUGCCACAAGGGGGUUAGAGUAGGGAAGUUAUCUAGCUAGCAUAUAUAUUCACCAUGAUGAUGUCGCCACUGCAAUCUCCUGCUGCAGCUCGGGCCAGAGCACAGCGCCAACCACGAACGCCCAACAACAAGCGAAUGCCUAGUAGCCUCAUGGACUUGAAGCGCGAGUCGAACAGCCGCAAGUACGAUAUUGGUGCUCUCGCCACUCCUGCUCGACGAGCGCCACUGGCCCGAUCCAACACCAUUGAUGCAGUGCCGUCCUUCUGUACGCCACAACGAAACGCUACAGACACCAGGAGGCGGAACUCCACUACCUCUGGGGUUCCCCUGGUCAUGCCUGGCAAUCUCGAUGACUCUUCUGCUUCCAACGUACAACAAGAACCCGAGAGCCCCAUGAGGCGAACCUAUUCGGCGGACAGUCUGGUCACUCCUUCUCGAAAGAAUAGGACACUCUUUCGAUCCAACAGCAGCACCGACUCAGCAGUACUGCCAUCGUUCUGCACUCCCAGUCGCCAGCGAAACUUCACGGAUGAUGGCACUACUAGAAAUAGAAACAAGUCCAAAGCUGCCUCUAUGGUCAUGCCCGCCAAUCUGGAUGAUGACGACGAUGAUGAUUCUUCCCAUGGACGCGACGAGGAGGAGGAUCGUCGCUUAUGGACAGCCCUCGCUCCUGCUACUCCAAGACGGCGUCCCAGCGUCUCUGCAAAGGGGCAGCCCCAGAGUGCCCGUGUAGCCCGGCGUGGUUCUACGUCUAUGCAUG